UUAAGUAUUUGUUACGAUAAGCAUAAAUGUUAUAUUUUGUUUACAUACAUUCGAUGGGAUAUUUCGUCAAGUCACCUGACUCAGACUGACUAACGAAAUCCUCAUACAUGGUAAUCGGAGUGGUAACUAUAGUUACACGGCUGAGCAGCCAAGAGAGUGUGGUGGGAGAAAACCUAAGAGCGACGUUUAGUCCUAUAUGAAACGACAUACUGGGUUGCAAUUAUCGAUUUGUCCUAACGAGGACCUGACAUACAACAGGACGCUUUGGUCUAAGUCCCUUCGUAGGGGAUGCACUCAGAGGAGUGGAGCAGGCUCGGUCAGAGGGGAGAGAAGAACCCCACCUCCACCCUCAGCUUCAGCGGCCUGCCGGACGAGGAUCGCUGUGAGAGAAGGAGCGCACACGUCACGCGAGACUCUGAGCUGGUACCCGAUGACCGUUACCAUGGUAUCUACUUUGCAAUGCUACUGGCAGGAGUGGGCUUCCUGCUACCUUACAACAGCUUCAUAAUGGAUGUGGACUACCUCCAUCGCAAAUUUACUGGCUCCCCUAUUGUGUUUGACAUGAGUCUAACAUAUAUAUUGGUGGCCCUUGGUGCUGUUAUCCUGAAUAAUGCCCUGGUGGAGCGACUGAGCCUACACACUCGCAUCAGUGCUGGGUAUCUCUUUGCUCUGGGUCCCCUGGUGUUUGUGAGUGUGUUUGAUGUUUGGUUAGAACUGUUCAACUCCCGACAGUCCUAUGCUAUUACUCUCACCGCUGUGGCCACUGUAGCUUUUGGAUGCACAGUGCAGCAGUCCAGUUUCUAUGGUUACACGGGGAUGUUACCCAAGCGCUACACCCAGGGCGUGAUGACAGGAGAAAGCACGGCGGGAGUGAUUGUCUCGCUCAGUCGCAUCUUCACCAAGCUACUGGUGGAGAACGAGAAGAACAACACUAUUAUCUUUUUCCUCUUCUCCGUUUCCAUGGAAACCCUCUGCCUUCUGCUGCACAUGCUGGUGUGGAGGAGCCGCUUUGUGCGCUACCACACAGGCCGGGUUCAACACGGUGACGCCUGGGUCAAAGGUCAAAUCGCAGCGCCAGCUGCGCAGCAGAGAGGUGGUUAUCGGAUACACCGUGACAUCAGUACGGAAGAUGAGGAUGGUCCAUUAACAAGUCCUCCUGCUGAGGCAGAUGCUUCUAAUCCCUUUAAUGGUUGCCAUGGCGAUGGAACAUAUGUCAGAUUUGACGUGCCCAAACCUAAAACCAAGCGGACGUGGGUCACUGUCAAAGACGCGGCGCUGCGGAGGUGCGCGGUAGCGCGUGUCCUCUGGCCCUACAUGCUCUCCAUCUGCGUGACGUACUUCGUCACGCUCUGCCUGUUCCCGGGGCUGGAGUCGGAGCUGCGGAAUGAGGCGCUCGGCGAGUGGCUGCCCAUCCUCACCAUGGGCCUCUUCAACAUGGCCGACUUUGUGGGCAAGAUCCUGGCAGCCUGUCCAUACGAAUGGGGCGGGACACAGCUGGUGUCCUGCACCUGCGUGCGUGUCCUCUUCCUCCCACUGUUCGUCAUGUGCGUGUCGCCGACGCGGCACCCCCUGCUGGCGCACCCGGCCUGGCCCUGCGCCCUGUCCGUGUUGCUGGGCAUCAGUAAUGGCUAUCUGGGCUCGGUGCCCAUGAUCCAGGCUGUGGGUAGAGUGCCGCCACAGCAGAGAGAGCUGGCAGGGAACACCAUGACCGUGUCCUACAUGGCCGGCCUGAUGCUGGGCUCGGCCGUGUCCUAUUCGACGUUUGGGCUCACUUCGCACACACCACCUGCGCAUUCGUCCAACACCACCCUCUCUUUGCACACCUACAUGCCCAGGUUCUGAUGUAUGGCCACCCCUUCGCGUGCACAGACAUGCACACCCACGCACGAGCCCACAAACCCCCAUCCCACCCCUCGUAGCACCGUAGCAGAAUUUCUAAAGGGGCAAGGAUAAUUUCACCUGGCUAAAAUAAACACAGUUCAUCUGA